UGAUUAAAUGUAAAAUAUCCUUUAAGUGGUAACGUAUCUUUAAUUGGUAGGACACUUGUAAUCUUAUCUCUCUUAGCCGGAACAUCAUUUAAUAAAUUAUAGUUGUCAUGACACAAAAUGUCACAAUGAUUAGAAUUGGAAUAAUUCUGUUGGUGGUCUUUGGCUUUUCGGAUGCAACAUGCCCGGAUGGUUGGACAAGGUUCCACUCGUCCUGCUAUUUGUUUGGACACACUGCAUACACAUUUUUGGAUGCACAGCGUCAAUGCGAGCACUACAAAGCCACGCUUGUUAACAUCGAGUCACGGGAGGAAUACAAUUUCAUACGGGGCUUUUUGAUGAUGAUAUGCGACCAGUUACAUUGGAUAGGAUUGACAGACGAAACAACGGAAGGGACGUGGAAGUAUUACCCCUCAGAAAAGAUUGCUGAAUUCCUAAACUGGUAUCCCGGGGACAGGGAGCCCAAUGAAGGAACAAGAGCCAACUGCGCUGCGAUAUAUGCAGGAUACAAUUACCAAUAUGCUGACUCGCCGUGUACUGCUCAGUAUCAGUCGAUAUGUGAACUUGCAGAUGGGGGAGUUGAUAUCGUCGGGUAGUCGAUGUGGUCUCUCAGCAUACAGAAGUUUAUGGUUCGCGAAUAAGUGUUUGUAUAAAAAUAUAUAUCUAUAAUACAUACACGAAUAAAAGAAUCUUUGAAGUAUGAA